AUGACCGCCAUUCUCUUCGGAGUUCCCCUCACCCGCCGCGCUCCUCUGCUCCUCGACGCCGCACGCCUGGCGGAGAGCCGCGCCCAGCACCGUCGCGUCUUCGGCCGUCGCCGUCGCCGCGGCCGCCGCAGCCGCCGUCGCACUCGCCGUAGCCGCGGCAACCGCGCCCAGCGCCUCAUCGCCAACAACGGCGCCCAGGCUUCAGGAGCGGCGCCGGCACCACCAGCGCCGGUCGCCACUCCACCGCCACCACCGCCGGCCGCGCCUGCAACUCCUCUUCGUCUGCCGUCGCCGACCCCAGGGUCAUUCACCCUGGUGGCCGGACCAAGGGACGGCCCAGCGCCGUACGCGUUCCAGCAGGCCGGCCAGUCCAGCGCCGUCAUGGCUCCAGCAACCGUCCCGGCGGCAACCCCGGCGGGCCUGGCUCCAGCAACUCCUCCGUCGGUGUGGGCGCGUCGCGUCCACCGCCGCCUGACCACCGAACCCGAGGAGUACAGCCCCGGCCUCCGCCCCGGCUCCUGGACUGCGACCUUCCAGAGGCUCUCCAAUGGAGUCCUCCCCAACCGCUCCAAUGGCGAGGCUGGCCUCUCCGGCGAGGGGGGCUACUCGCCCAACUAA